UCGGAUGAUAGGAAUCGAGGGCUGAGGCUGAGGAGGUUCCGUGGGUCGGUCGGCUCCCGGAGUUUAGGCUGUUCUGGUUUCUAUUUCUCUUCUCGAGCCUCCGUCAAUUCUCUAUCGACGAAAAUUUCCUCUUAAUCUUCUCUAUUUGCUCCUAAAGGGUUUUUGCGUGCGUAUCAUGGCACCAGGGUCUUUUGUUGGCUAUGGAAGCUACGAUUCCGUUUGCAGUGAAUUUGGCGUGGAUGUAUUGGGAAAUAAUUAUCAUUACCAGGGUCGAUAUCUUGAGGUGGAUCGGCGGCGGAGCGACGGCGGGGAUCUGCAAAAAGAUGGAAUGCGUAGAGACUACGUGACAAGAGAAAAUCAUCGUGUUAUGAAUGGUAGCAAUGGAAACGUGCAGGUUUUGGGUUGCGUUUCAAAGAGGUUUAUGGAUCCUGAGCCUGGUGAGUUGUCCAGCGAAGACAGUUCUAAAAUUGAAGAUGGGGUUAGAGGAUCGGUAGACAGGGAUGAGGCUUCUUCGGGUAAGAAGAGGAAAUUAUCGCACAUAAAGUGUGACAUGGAUGACCCAAAAAGCAGGCUUCUUAAGCGAAAUACAAGAAACAAGGAAUGUUCGCCGGUUGCUGUCCGAUCACAAUUUUCACUUCCGAACAACAUUAAAAAUUCUUUGUACUCGUUGUCCUCAUUGGAUCAGAAGCCUUCUAUUGAUUUUGUGCGCGGUUUGCAAUUGGAGAAUGGUGAUUCUGGUGAACAGAUGGAAGAAGAUUAUUUGCCAGCAAGCACUAUCUCUUUGUCAAGAUGGGCAGAUACGAAGGGUUCUUUUGAUGACGAUGAAAGUGCUAUUUCUGAUGUUGAUUUAUUGCCCAACAGGAGAAAAAACAUUCGUUUGGCUUCUGCACAAUAUGCGAGACUGGAGACUGGUGAAGACGCAUUCAGGGAAGGUUCUGUAUCUGAUGGGUUAGGCCGAGAGACCUGUUUGAAGCCCAUGGAAGAUGAGAUUGAUAGUCUGGUUGUUUGUGGAAAGGACUCAAAUGGAGAGGGAAGUGGUGGUUCAUCAGAAGGUUGCAGGAUUAGGACAUUGGAUUCCGUGAAACUGCGCUGUAGAAGGAUAAACAUGUUCCAAGGUUGCAGGACUGUAGAUGAUUUUGAGAAGCUUAACAAGAUUAAUGAAGGAACUUACGGAAUUGUGUAUAGAGCGAAGGACAAGAAAACUGGAGAGAUUGUAGCUCUGAAGAAGGUAAAGAUGGAGAAGGAGAGCGAGGGUUUCCCUUUAACAUCCUUGAGGGAAAUUAACAUUUUGUCAUCUCUUCACCACCCUUCCAUUGUGGAAGUUAAAGAAGUUGUUGUGGGCAGGAAUCUCGAUGCUGUUUUUACAGUAAUGGAGUACAUGGAUCAUGAUCUCAAAGGGCUGAUAGAUACAAUGAAAAAACCAUUCCAUAUAAGUGAAGUUAAAUGUCUGAUGGUGCAGCUAUUUGCUGGUGUCAAGCAUCUUCAUGAUAAUUGGGUACUGCAUAGGGAUCUGAAGACAUCAAAUCUUCUCUUCAACAACCAUGGUGAGCUAAAGAUAUGUGACUUUGGUUUAUCUCGUCAAUAUGGGAGUCCAUUGAAGCCAUAUACUCAGUUGGUAGUGACUUUGUGGUACAGGGCCCCGGAAUUGCUGUUAGGAGCUAAGGAAUAUUCAACUGCAAUAGAUAUGUGGUCGUUGGGUUGCAUAAUGGCUGAGCUCUUGACCAAGGAACCAUUAUUCCCUGGGAAGAGUGAACUUGAUCAACUUGACAAGAUAUUUAGAAUUCUUGGAACUCCUGAUGAGAAAAUUUGGCCUGGAUUCUCUAGAUUGCCUGGUGCCAAAGUUAAAUUUGUCAAGAAGCCUUUUAAGCUGCAGGAGAAAUUUCCACGAAUGUCUGCAGCAUCAUUUUUGGGUCGGCCAUGUCUUUCUGCUACUGGAUUUAACCUGCUUACUAAGCUUCUAGCUUAUGAUCCAGAGAAGAGAAUUACAGCUGAAGAUGCCCUUAAUCAUCCUUGGUUUCAUGAAUCUCCCCUUCCAACAACAAAGGAUUUUAUGCCAAGAUUUCCCGCUCAAUAUAGGCAUGACAGGUAUUUAGAGCCAUUGAUUCAAAAACAGCAGAAAACAAACUUGUCUAUAUCAAGUAGGCAUUUUCUUCGUCAUGACAACAUGCUUUCAGGCAUCGGCAAAGAAUUAUGAAGAGCCCAGAUCCACUCUAAGGCGGAAGGAUUCACAUUAGUUAGAUACCUUGACUCUUUAGAGAAGUGAGUAGUAAUGGGUGACAUAAUCUAAAUUCCAGUCAUUACUGAUUUACUUUAGGUGAGAGAUUUGUAUGUAUUUGAAAUGGGCAUCGUGUUUAUGUGAGCCAACGAUUGAUGGUGUUCUUUAGCAGGAACCCCAGAUGAAUUUGGGGCAAUAAGAUCCAUUUAUUUUCCUCAAUGGAAUCGUCUAUUGCAGGAUUAUCUGGUCUUCAAUGCUGGUGAUGCCUUGAAAGUUUUUUUUGUGCAGCCUGGACUGCAAGACAAAUGGUGUUAAGAGAUGAGAAAAGUUCUUUUCUUUCCAGAACUGAAGAAAACGGAUGGUUUAUCUUCACUAAUUAUCAAGGAAAGGUUGAGCUAUGCCUCUCAUGUCACGGUUUGGAAUAUUCGCAUGGUUAUUUAGCUUAUUUGAUUUACCAAGAUGGCAGGUUUUGAAGUGCCAUUUCAAAGAAAGAUUACUUGGGAAGCAUUAAAAGCUGUUAAUUGGGACAUUUGGAAAUUUUUUGUGUUUAAUGGAGGAGAAGCAAAGCACAGUAUCUUGAAUGCAUAUGCAUUCACGUUGGUGCCUGCAUCUGCAUAUCGUGAAUACUCGGGGUGGAAGACAGGACACAUUGGAGGCACACGUAAAAUAGCAUGAAUCAAAGUGAACAAGGAUUGUAAGAGAUAAGUAAAAUCGUAGUCAGGUGUUAUUCAUGCUCAUCUUUCAUGUUUUGCUUGUCCCAAAUAAAAUUAUUUCGAAUUUCAGAGAUGCUGAAUGUUAUAUUUAUCUAAAUGUGUUAAUUAUAUCAUUUGAAUGUGUCAAUUAUAUAAUUUCGAGUGGACUAGGUUGUUUGCGGACUUUUGCAUGGUUUUAUUUAAGCAUUGAUAAAUGCCAUUUUAAAAACAAGGACCAGCACUUUAUCAAAGUGCAAGCAUCUAAACACCGCAUUCGUUGUGAUGAAUUCAAAAGCUGCGCUCUUCUCAUUUUCAAUUUAAUGCUUUUGGCUGAAGGAGAGAUAUAAUUGCCUUUUUUUUUCAAGUUGUUACUUAGAUGUAUUGCAUAAGCAUGAUGUUAAUCCAAAAUUGAAAUGCUAUUACACUUAUACAAAAAAUUGUAGUAUUUCUUUUUUGCAACUUAGUCAUAUAAUGUUCUCUUAUUUUAACAUCUUUGUCUUUUUUUUUUCAUUUUUGUACUUGAAGAACUCUGGGUUCAGGGCAAUAUGGUCUAGGGUAUCCUGAUACAGUUCAAUGACGAGAGUCAUAAAAUCAUGCACGGAAUGUCAAAUUCACUAUGACAAACAUCUAAUGCUAACUUUUGCCACUUCAGAUGAAAAAUAAAGAAAUACACGAAAUCAUCACAAAUGAUAGCUUAAUAUUUGCCUAAUAUAGAUCUUGCAUGGAAGCUGAUCUUAUCAGUAUACUGUUGCAAAGAAAGGAAAUUGUGAAUUAUGGUCUCCAGGUUAACAUUCAAAAUGAAAAUCAAUGUAAAAUCAAAAGUAUAAUAUACAGUAGAUUGCUUUUACAUCCGUAAGAGUUCUCAUAUUUAUAAUCAAAGUGAAAAUCUACUUAAAUGCUAAUCUUAUCCUUUAGCCUUGCAAAUCUACUUGAAUUGCUUGCACAUUUACAUCCACUUACUCGGCUACAAUCAAAUGGAAUAAAUAAACUAUUGUCCUCUUCUUUUUUGUGGUUCGUCUCAUCUUUGUGAGCUUGAAUUGAUCAUUGACAGAAGUAUGCUGCGCUAGCUGAUCAGCCACAUGCAAAUGUUUUCUGCAUAUUUUUCUCCCCAGUUCUAGACUGCAAAUGAGUCUUUGUUUUAUUUGAUUUGAAGAACCUUGUUAGACUGCAUAAAUUUGGCUUGUAUUAACCCUACAGUCUGACUUUGGUUUCUUAAAUAGGCAUGACCUUUGGGCAUUCUUUCCAUCAGCAACUGCAUUGGUUAGAUCGUGCUUACAUUAAUUUUUUUUUAUAUAUUUUUUGGGCUAAUGUCUUUUCAAUUAUAUUGUGGAGGCUGAAACUCUUUUGUUACAUCUGUCAUUUUGUUCACCAUAAUACUGGAUGAAGGAUGACUUAUGUUGAUGAGCACAAAUUUGUUGCCGAACCACCACAAUUUGUAACAAUUUACUGACGAUCAGAUAGUUUGGUGGUCAAUAUUACGUGUGUGCAUUCAUAACUCUCUGCUUUUGCCAUUAUGGGUUCCCUCCACUUUUGUGGAGUUUUUGUGAGGAGCAACGUCAAAUUUCUAAGGCAGCUUGAGAAAUGUUCUAAAAAAAUUCCUAAUUGCCCAGCGGUAACAACCGGGGUUCUGUUGUUUUUACUGAUUGGGAUUUAGCAUUUAUGAUUUUUGUUAACAGCGCUAUGCAGGACAGAAUGCAUGCACUAUUUUGGUUGUUUUGCUGAUUGACAGACAAAUGCUCAAUUUUUAGUUAGAAGGCAUUUGCACCACACAAAGUUAGACGUAGGAACCUCUCACAGCUGCUUUGCACCACACAAAGUUAGCGUAGGAACCUCUCACAGCUGCUUGUUUUCUCACAGAAUGUCAUUAGAAAAAAAUCAUCUUUGACUAUGGUAAUAAUUUUUUGGAAGAUUUACAUACAUGCAAUCCAAUUCCUAUAGUUUUUUUUUUUUUUUUUUUUUUUUUUUUUUGAGGAUUGAACUAAGGGUAGACCCCCCCAACGAAUCCCAUGUGCAAAUUUGAAUCCCGUUUGGUCGAGAAUUUGAACCCGGUUCGAGAGGACUUUCGCAGAGCACCACCAACUCACCUACACUCGACGCACUCAUAUGUAUUUACAUAUCUAACACCUAAACCAUA